AUGGCCGAAAGUAAUGUGAGAGCACCCAAGUAUCACAUAGAAGACGACGAUGAGGGUAAAAUCGUUAUUAAAAUUAUUGCUCCACUUGCUAAACCAAACGAGGCUAAUUUUUUAAUCGAUAAUCAAAAUUUCAUAUUCGUUUCUAACCCUUAUUUUUUAAAAACUAUUUUACCAUGCCCUAUAUAUGACAUUCCUGAGUUUCAAACUUACGAUUUGCAAACUUUUACUCACACUGUUAAAUUUAAGAAAAAAAGCAAUAUCAAAUCGAACACUCCUAAUGAAAAUGAAUUUGAACACCAAACAAAGACUGAAGAAGAUGAUUCUGUUGAAAAAAACGAGUCAUCUUUGCCUUCGCCUAAACAACAUUAUGGUUUUGCUAAUAAGUAUUCGAACAUGUUUGGAAAACUUGCUGAUACAUUUUCAGAAUUUAUUAAUUUACCUGAUCCUGAUAACAGUGAUUUGCAAUCGAGGAAAGAAUUAAAAAUGCAAGAAGAAAGCGAGAAAUGGAAUGAUGAUCAUUAUUUAGCUGACACAAUGGAAACAGAUCAUCUUGAAUUUAUUUUCACAUUUGAACCUUCUUGGUACAAACCAAUGAAAAAGGAGCUAAGCGAUGAUUUGAAAGAAAUAAUAAAUUCAUUCACACCAAAAAAUGAAUUCAAAUUAACUGAAAAUGAUAAAAAAAUAAUAAAUUAUCAAAUUGUCGACAUUUUAUUUGCUUAUGCCUACGAUUAUAGAACUACUGAAGGUGAUAAAUCAGUCGAAUCUGGAUGGACGAUAAAUAAACUUAGCAGUACUUUGUCAUGGCUUGAGGUGUUUGAUUCAUUAAAAAGUGUUCUAGUGGCCAGUUACAGAAGAAGUUUAAUAUAUCCACUUUAUAGAAAUUGGAAUUUGGCUGAACUUAUUCAUGAAGAUGUUGUUAAAAUAUUAGAAAAUGGUUCAAUGGAAGUAACUAAAUGCUUACUCGAAAUAAAAGAAAUAUUCGAUGAAAGUGAAAACAGGUACAUAUUAAAUAACCUGUACAUAAAUGAUUUAUCAUGGUUUUCAUAUUUAAAUGAAAAUGAUUAUUUUAUACAAUUGUCACGAGAAGUUAAAAAGGUAAAAGUAACAAAAUACGAAGUUAAUAGCGAACUACCAAUUUUAGAAAUGGCUGCCAAUUUGACAUUAGAAGAAGAAAAAAAAGAUGGCAUUAAUCCGAAAGAAAUAAAAAAAAUAGUUGAGGAAAUAUCUAAAAUAAAAAUUAAAGAAGGGAAUAAGGGUUCGAAUGAUUGUUGUCAAUCGUCAACGGAAUCGUCAGAGGAUUCCGAUUCCGAAUCCAAUUUCGAAUCAAGCGAUUCUUCAGAUAAAAAAAACUAA